AUGUGGGUGUACAAUCCAAGAGAGGAGAUUGAGUUUGAGAAGGGCCAAUUAUUCACCAAUGUGGAUUCCUUUAGAGCAGCUUUGAAGGAUUAUGUCAUCCAAAAGGGAUUUCUAGUAGUAAGAUUGAAGAAUGAGAAAACUAGAGUGACAGCUAUUUGUGGUAUAGAUGGUUGCAAAUGGAGAAUCCAUGCAAGUCCUGUGGCUGAUUCUAUCACUUUUAUGAUUAAAUCUUACCAACCUGAACACACUUGUGUUAUGGAUAAAGGUAAUGUAGAAGCCACAUCAGAUUGGAUUGCAAAAAAGUUGGUGCCCUUGAUGAGAGAUCAUCCGAACAUAUCUAGCCAGGGCAUAGAAGCAGAGAUGAUAGCUAAGUAUGGUAUUAAACCAAGUUACAUGCAGCUUUUUAGAGCAAAAAAGAAAACAAAAGAGGAGAUUCAAGGAAACUUCAGUGAUUCUUAUGGCAAAUUACCAAAGUGUGCAGCACUUCUAAGACAAUAUAAUCCACAAAGCAUUUGCAAAAUACAUUAUGAUAGGCCAAAUCUCCUUGUAGAGCUCAGAUUUUUAAGAAUAUUUGUUAGUUUUAGAACAAAGAAAACUGGUUUUCUUGAAGGUUGCAGGCUGUUCAUUGGCUUUGAUGGCUGUCACUUGAAGGGUCCCUUUAGUGGUGUUUUACUCACAGCAGUGGCCUUAGAUAGGAAUGAUAGUAUAUUUCCAAUUGCAUUUGCUGUAGCUGAAUGUAAAAACAAGGAAACAUGGAGCUGGUUCUUUCACUUUUUCGAGGAGUUUUUUGGACCAUUCAACAGCCAUUUACCUUUAACCUUUAUGAGUGAUAGGCAAAAGGUAUUGCUCAGAACAAUCUACUCUUUGUUUGGACAUGUUGAAGGAUCUGAAAAAGCUUUUUUUGACUCAUCUAUUUGCUGUUUUAGGGGCUCAACCUUGCUUAUGAGGAGAUUUUUCCAAAUGCUAGUGGUAGAUAUUGUUGCAGGCACAUUUGCAGCAACUUCAAGCAGCAAUUUCCAGGCAUGCUACUUAAUAGUUUCUUGUGAAAGGCAGCAAAGAGUUAUGAUCAGAUAA